AUGAAGCUGUCUCGCAUUCUGGCAGUCUUUCUAUCCCCUUUGAUAUGCACUGUAUCAGCAGCGGAUGUGAAAGCAUGGAAGUCUCGCAAUAUCUACUUUGCCCUGACUGAUCGAAUUGCCCGUGGAAGCGAUGAUACAGGUGGAGAUGCUUGCGGCAACCUUGGAAACUACUGCGGUGGCACUUUCUCAGGAUUGGAGUCCAAGCUUGACUAUAUUAAGGGGAUGGGCUUUGAUGCAAUCUGGAUCACCCCUGUUAUUGCUAAUGCGCCAGGCGGAUAUCAUGGAUAUUGGGCGCAGGAUCUCUAUAGCAUCAAUGAGAACUAUGGCACCGCUGAUGAUCUCAAAAGCCUAGUUGAUGCUGCUCAUGAGAAGGGAAUCUAUGUCAUGGCAGACGUAGUUGCCAACCACAUGGGAGGGCCAAUCAGCGAUAACAAGCCGGAACCAUUGAACCAGGAGAGCUCCUAUCAUUCUGCCUGCACAAUCGACUACUCAAGCCAGGAAAGUAUUGAAAACUGCCGUAUCGCAUCAGACCUACCUGAUGUGAAUACACAGAGUUCCGAAAUCCAGGCUCUCUUCCAGAAAUGGGUCAAAUGGCUCGUCACGGAAUACGGUUUUGACGGCUUACGCAUUGAUACCGUGAAGCACGUUGAAAAGGAAUUCUGGUCGGCCUUCUCCUCAGCUGCCGGGGUUUACACCAUCGGCGAAGUCUGGGAUGGUGACCCAGACUACCUUGCCGGAUAUGCAAACAGCAUGGAUGGCCUGCUUAACUACGCAGUCUACUAUCCUAUGAACAGGUUCUACCAGCAAAAGGGCUCUGCCCAGGACAUAGUUGACAUGCAUGACAAUCACGAUAAUGCGCGAUGGCUGAGCGUAAAAAACGACAAGUCGCUUUUUAAAAACGCACUCGCUUACGUUAUUCUCGCCCGGGGCAUCCCAAUUAUCUACUACGGCACCGAACAGGGCUACACGGGCGGCAAUGACCCCGCAAACCGCGAGGAUCUAUGGCGCAGCAAAUUCAACACCGAUACGGACUUGUACAAGGCCAUAUCCCUGCUCUCAGCCGCGAGAACGGCAGCUGGUGGCCUUGCUGAUAACGACCAUGUCCAUCUGUACGUCGCAGAGUCGGUAUAUGCGUGGAGCAGGGCAGGCGGAGACCUCAUUGUGGUCACAUCCAACGGUGGAUCUGGGUCUGAUGCUAAACCCUGCUUCGACUCUAGGAAGCCCGGUGGGAUGUGGAAGAACUCUUUUGGAGAGGGGACGAUCACCGCCGAUGAAGGCGGACAAAUAUGCGUCUCUAUCUCUAAUGGUGAGCCUGCGGUGCUGGUUGCGAGUUCUUAA